GUACGCUAUGUCCUUGCUAGUGUACUGAUUGCAGUGUUGACAGUUGCCUACGCAUUUUUUACUCGUAAGCAAUAUUACCCUGCAGCGAUUUGGAUUACAAAUACCAAUUCAUGUUUGUUGGUUAUGUAUAAUUUAUUUUUUGCCGUAACUGCAUUUUUUGGGAACUUAAUGCGAAUUAUUUUUUUGGGAUCAUUACGAGCUUCCGAAUUAGAUCACAUUUAUGAACAGUCAUGGGUUUCUGUAACGGAAACGUUAUUUGCCAUGACCAUUUUUCGAGAAGAAAUAACUGGUGGUUUUCUACUUUUUUUCACAACCCUAUUUUUUUUCAAAAUAUUUCACUGGCUUGUCGCUGACAGAGUUGACUACAUGGAGCAGUGCCCUUCUCUUAGCCGUACGUUUUAUCUAAAAGUUGUCACACUACUCACUCUUUUGGGUAUCGUGGACCUUAGUUUUAUUACUUACUCAAAGAAGAACAUAAUGACUUAUGGUCCGUCUAUGCAUAUACUUCUGAUGUUUGAAUUUUUAAUCUUGGGAACUAGUUUACUUUCUGUCUUUCUUAAAUUUAUGUUGAAUUUAAUCGACGCCGGGUUCUCCGACCCUUGGGAGAACAAGUCCGUGUACAAUUUUUAUCUUGACUUGGUUAUUGACUUUGCUCGUUUAGUCCUGUAUCUUUCCUUCUUUUACUCGGUCACUGUCUACUACGGAGUGCCUCUUUAUCUUCUGCGGGAUCUUUAUUUGAUAACCCGCUCGUUUUAUAAACGCCUGCAUGACAUGAUACAGUACAACCGGGCCACUAUGAACAUGAACGAGAGAUACCCCGAAGCAACUCCCGAGGACCUUUCACUGGUAGACAACACGUGCAUCAUCUGCCGUGAAGAAAUGACGGCUGCUAAAAAGCUGCCCUGCGGGCACGUUUUCCAUCGGCACUGUUUGCGGUCUUGGCUGGAAAGACAACAGACCUGCCCCACCUGCCGUCUCUCUGUGUUGGCCGAUCGGCGGCCGAAUCCUCUACUACCAGUGUCGGUUCCGCAAGGGAUCUCGACAGGAAGUGGACGCCCCCAACUGCCUCAGCAGCUUGUAUUACCGCAAUUUUAUCAGCACCUCCUUCGCCGAAUCAAGGAAAGCCGGAAGUCUGAGGGUAAUGAGAACUCGGCUUCGGGGGAUUCCUCGGCUAGCAGCAGCCUCACCCUAGACCCUUCCGAUCUUUUUUUUAAACCCUUGGCUCCUUCUGAGGGCUUCAAGGAAAAUUCUUUUCCUGCUGCUAGAUCUUUUGAAACUCUCGGUUCUUAUGAAGAAUGUGAACGUGUCAUUACCGAGAAAUUGGCAGCCCUUCAUAAUAUCACCAUUCAACUUCAGAAAGCUUUUAAGGAAUUGGGCGGCCACUUGUCUGCUAUUGAACGAUCGCGUGAUAAGAGAACUCCUCAAACGCCUGCUUAA